GGGUCCUCAGCUGUUCAAUGGGCGGAGCCGACGACAGAUUCGGAGCUGCAAUAAGAUCGCGCGGAUUGCGGUGGAGAGGGUCGUGGGCAGCAAAAGGCAGUGAAGGACAUUCUGAUAAUGAAGGUUACCUCAAGCAUCGGCUAACCGCGAACAGGGGUGCGAAGCAAGAGGGCGGGAAGAGGCAGAGACGCCGAGGGGGUAAAUAUCAGGGAUGUCCUCCAGCAGGGGGCGCUGUGGCUGAAGAUGUCUGUCGCUUUGGCCCUGGGGCUGGGACCGUGAGUGGCAGCCGCGUCGGCCGCCUGCUUCCAGAGACAUCCCGAUCGAGCCCCUCCCUGCAGCGCCCCCUCGCCCCUGCCCCCGCCGCCCGCCGUGCCAACGGGCUCAUGCCAGUACGGUUAGGCCAUGAAGAGGCCCAAACAGCACCAGCACCUGAGCUUUCUCAGCUUCUUCACGCGUAAGCCCAAAUCAGAGGCCAAGCCGGACCGGGCCGGCGCAGCCCGGGCACGGGAGGACGUGUCCAUCACCCUGACGCCCAGCGAGCAAUCUGAGCAGGCCCAGAGCAUUGUGGGAGGAGAAGGAGGAGGAGGUGGAGGAGGAAGAGGAGGAGCAGUUGGAGGCGGGGAGGGUGAAGGAGCGGACUGCAGCAGCAAUGCUGAGGGAGACGGGGGCUGGGCGGGGGCGCUGUCUCUGUCCUCCUGCAGCCAGGAUCAGCUGCUGGACCAGCUGGAGUGCCCCCUGUGCCUUCUGAUCCAGCCCAGCGGCAGCUUCCCCCGCCUCUCCUCCUGCCCACACCGCUCCUGCACCGACUGCCUGCGCCAGUACCUGCGCAUCCAGAUCUCGGAGAGCCGCGUGGGCAUCGCCUGCCCGCAGUGCCCCGAGGCGCUGGCCCCGCCCGACAUCCACGCCAUCCUGGACGACCGGGCGCUGCUGGAGCGCUUCGAGGAGUACCAGCUGCGCCGCUUCCUGGCGGCCGACCCCGACACCCGCUGGUGUCCCGCGCCAGACUGCAGCUAUGCUGUGAUUGCCUAUGGCUGUGCCGAGUGUCCGAAGCUGAGCUGUGGCCGAGAGGGCUGUGACACGGAGUUCUGCUACCACUGUCGGCAGCUGUGGCACCCGGACCAGACCUGCGACCAGGCCCGGCGCCAACGUUCCCGCCACGCCUCCGCCAACAAUGACGCCUCCACGCUGUUCGUCUUCAACGAGGAGUCUGGCAGCGAGGUGGAGGAGAUCAAGGCAUGCCCGCGGUGCAGCGCCUACAUCAUGAAGACCAACGACGGCAGCUGUAACCGAAUGAACUGCAGUGUCUGCGGCUGCCAGUUCUGCUGGCUCUGCAUGCAAGAGAUCACUGACGUGCACUACCUCAGUCCCUCAGGCUGCACAUUCUGGGGGAAGAAGCCUUGGUCGCAGUCCAGGAAAGUGCUGUGGCAGGUGGGCAUGCUUCUGGGGGCUCCGGUGGUCAUCUCCCUCAUCGCUGGCAUCGCCAUCCCUGUCAUCAUAGUGGGGAUUCCGAUCUACAUGGGACGCAAGGUGCACAGUCGUUGUAAGAAAAACAAUAUCUCAGGAAGUAAACACUAUCUGACUGUGGCCAGUGGGGUCAUGAUGUCAGUGUUUGUUUCUCCAGUUAUAGCAGCUGUCACUGUAGGAGUGGGUGUGCCCCUCAUGAUGACUUACGUGUACGGGGUGGUGCCCAUGUCUCUCUGCCGAAAUGGCUGGUGCAGAACCCAGAAGGACCAACCAGAACCCAGAAAGAUCCGGCUAGAAGACCUCACCAACUAUCUUCAAUUUUCUCAUGUAGUCAGUGACCACUGGACGGGUCAGUCCAACCUGGCGGUCAGCGAAGCCAGCAUGCAGGAAGUCAGCGUGCAGGAAGUCAACGUGCAGGAAGUCAGCGUGCAGGAAGUCCGCGUGCUUCCCAGCACCAGCACCAGCCCCCCUGACCGGCAGAGCUCCGCUGAGCGGGGCGACGCCGUGGUGGACCCCUUUUUGCGGGAGGGGAUGAACAUCGAGGUGCAGGUGGAGAUCGAGGCGCACCCACGUGACGGCUGGCAGCUUAGCCUCAGCAGCGUGCUGUCCAGCCGCAGCCUGUCCGCCGAGUCCCUGCGCCGCUCCCGGGAGCAGCUCUGUGCCGCCGACACGCCCAUCCCCGAGACCGACGCCGUCUGAGCCCCGCCCCGCCCCGCUUCCGCCA